AUGUCCAAAGUACUGCUUGAAGGCACAAGAAGCAUAAUCCACCAGAGACAGGACAGGGAGGACAUUAGGCCGCUGGGGCCAGCUUCCGUGAAUACCAAAAGGCCGACUCGGAGUCGCCUCGGGAGACUUACAAGUCGACUUCUUAUACCUUUGUCGCUGCUUCCCAGGCAAGCGGCAGGCGUCUCGCCCACAAAUACAACAACAACAACAACAACGGCCGGUGCCGCCGGAAGGUCUAUUCCUCUGGUUGUCACGAACAAUUGCCACGAAACCCUGUGGCCCGGAAUCGGCACCCAGAAUGGCAUCGGUCCUGGCACCGGCGGCUUCGCCCUCGAGGGGGGCAACAGCAUGCAGAUGUAUGUCAGCCCGGACUGGCAAGGCCGAGUGUGGGGACGGACGAACUGCUCGUUCAAUGACGACGGGAGCGGGCCCAGUAACCUCAAUGGCGUGAAUGGAAAUGGGGCGGCUUGCUCGACGGGGGACUGCUUUGGAAGGCUGGACUGCGAGUUCACUGGCCAAGUCCCAACUACCCUAGCCGAGUUCAACCUCAUUGGCGGCAUGGACGGCAAGCAAACGUUUUACGACAUAUCACUUGUCGACGGCUACAACCUGCCCCUGGCUAUCGUCUAUAUCCCGGCGAAGAACACGACGUGGAUCCCGCCCAACUUGACCAACUGUGCGUGCAUCGCCUCGUCUGGGUACCUGGGCGAGCCCUCUAGAACCGGGCUGGCCUACACCAACGCGACGUUUCCGAUGCCGUACGAGUCGGCCCAGACGAACAGAGGGGUGGCCGAUUGGUGUCCCUGGGACUUGCAGGAGUACCCGCCGUCGAGGCCCGGCGACGGGAUCUACCCGUACCCGGACGACUACAUCCAGCGACCCGUCUUUGACCCCUGCCUGUCGGCGUGUGCCUCGACCAACAACCCCGAGGACUGUUGCACGGGCGAGUACAACGACCCAAACGUGUGCCGGCCGAGUCUGUACAGCGAGCAGGCCAAGGCGGUCUGUCCGGAUGCGUACAGCUAUGCUUUCGAUGACCAGACCAGCACUUUCAUCAUCCCGACCGGCGGCGGCUGGCAGGUUGUAUUUUGUCCCGAGGGCCGAAGCACCAAUAUCCUCGAGACGUUUGGCCCGCAGCUCCGUGCUCUCGGAUCUGGCGGUGGGGUUACCAGAGAGAUGCUUGACGCCCUAACCAACAUCACGUACAUCGAGACGCAUCCCCCGCCGAGUAGCGCAGGCACGCUCCGGCCUCUGAGGGCUUGGCCGUUACUCGGGACGACGGCGAUAUUAUGGGCGGCAAUGAUGGCCUAG